UACCAUUAGCAAUUAUAAAUAAUUUAUCACAAACAAAAGGCAUAAUAAUUUUAUUUACCAUAGUCAUUAGUCCAUACUCCAUAGGCUAAAAAAAAGGCUUCGGAUUGGGAUAACAAUUUCAAACUUCCCCCAAAAUCAAUAUCGUUGAAAAACCCUAAUUCCAGUUUUACCAACUCCUUUCGUUUUGAACCGCAAUCAAGUUUUAAUGGCGGAACAAGCUGGGUCUCCGUCUAGCUCACCCGUAGUACUAUCCGAGCAACAACAACAGCAUCAAAUUUCCUAGAUAAUUUGUUGUGGAAGGAUCGUCUGCACGUGUUUACCUGUAGAGCACGUAAACCAGCUCCAGUUUAUCAUACCAUCAACGAAGCAGGACCGCAAGAUGUGCCAAAGUUUAGGUCUACAGUUAAGGUAGAUGGAGAAACAUAUUCAUGUCUCAACACCUUUUCCAGCAAAAAGGCAGCUGAGAAAGAUGUUGCAAAGGUUGCAUUGGAAGGCAUAUGUAAGAAGAUGGGAUGGGUUGAGGAAGAUGGAGAUACAAUUCUUCAGGUUCAUUUCAAAUUUAAGUAUAAGUCAGAUUCAGGAACUCCCAUUGGGACUUCAGCAAUUAAAGUAGAUACUCGAAGUUCUAGACAAGCUGGCGAGCUUCGAAAUGUUGUGGCAUUGACCCCUUCAGAGGCUGAGUUGAGUGCAAGUAGUGAACUAGUUAGUAAAUUGAACAAUGAUAAGGUCAAGUCCAUACUCCAUAAGUUUGCUGCAAAGAUGAAUAUGAAAAAGCCCAAGUAUGAAACUGUUAGAGUGAAACAGCCUUCUCAAGUGUUCACCUCUUUAGUAUUGAAUGGGAUGAUAUAUACUGGUGAACCUACCAAUAGGAAAGAAGAAGCUGAAAAAUUAGCAGCACGUGCUGCUAUCUUAUACAUUUUGGUGAAUUCUGGACUCAGAAUGCAUCUGUUAAAGAUAGUCGAAUCCGAAGCUAAACUUAGUUCUGCAGAGCACGAUCAUAAAGUCUCCCUUUUGCAGUCAGAUUCUGGAACUCCCAUUGGGACUUCAGCAAUUAAAGUAGAUACUCGAAGUUCUAUACAAGCCGGCGAGCUUCGAAAUGUUGUGGCAUUGACCCCUUCAGAGGCUGAGUUGAGUGCAUGUAGUGAACUAGUUAGUAAAUUGAACAAUGAUAAGGUCAAGUCCAUACUCCAUGAGUUUGCUGCAAAGAUGAAUAUGAAAAAGCCCAAGUAUGAAACUGUUAGAGUGAAACGGCGUUCUCAAUUGAUCACCUCUUUAGUAUUGAAUGAGAUGAUAUAUACUGGUGAACCUACCAAAAGGAAAAUAGAAGCUAAAAAAUUAGCAGCACGUGCAGCUAUCUUAUCCAUUUUGGCGAAUUCUGGACUCAGAAUGCAUAUGUUAAAGAUAGUCGAAUCUGAAGCUAAACUUAGUUCUGCAGAGCACGAUCAUAAAGUCUCCCUUUUGCAGUCAGAUUCUGGAACUCCCAUUGGGACUUCAGCAAUCAAAGUAGAUUCUCGAAGUUCCAGUCAAGCCGGUGAGGUUGGAAAUGUUAUGGUGUUGACCCCUUCAGAGGCUGAGUUGAACACAAGUGAAGAACUAGUUAGUAAAUUGACAAACGAUAAGAUGUUAUGCAAGUCCGUACUCCAUGAAUUUGCUGCAAAGAUGAAUAUGGAAAAGCCCAAGUAUGAUACUGUUGAAGUUGAAGUGCUUCUUACUGUGUUCACCUCCUCUUUAGUAUUCAAUGGGAUGAAAUAUACUGGUGAACCCAGCAUAAGCAAGAUAGAAGCUGAGCAAUUAGCAGCACGUGCUGCUAUCUUAUCCAUUUUGGCGAAUUCUGGACUCAGAAUGCAUCUGCUACAGAUAGUCGAAUCCAAAGCUAAACUUAAUUCUUUAGUGCAUGAUCAUAUUUCCGGAGAUACAGAAGUCUCCCUUUUGCAGUCAGAUUCAGGAACUCCCAUCGGGACUUCAGCAAUUAAAGUUGAUUCUCGAAGUUCUAGGCAAGCCGGUGAGCUUGGAAAUGUUGUGGCAUUGACCCUUCCAGACGCUGAUCAAGCUAGUAAUUUGAUCACAAAUGUUGUGUCAGAGGUGCACCAGGGACAGUCUCAUGUUCAACCCAGACAUGAAUCUAGUGAGCCGAGAGUUGAGACUAUUUCUCAAACAGUUCCGCUUCCGAUUGCGUUUGUACCAUCGUUUCUGGCAGAAAAUUCUGUUAAUGCAUCAACUAAUGGAGGGGGAAAAAAGGGGAAGAAAAGAAAAAGGGCUAAUAAGAAAGCAAAAACUGAUCAAGCUAGUAAUUUGAUCACAAAUGUUGUGUCAGAGGUGCACCAGGGACAGUCUCAUGUUCAACCCAGACAUGAAUCUAGUGAGCCGAGAGUUGAGACUAUUUCUCAAACAGUUCCGCUUCCGAUUGCGUUUGUACCAUCAUUUCUGGCUGAAAAUUCUGUUCAUGCAUCAACUAAUGGAGGGGGAAAAAAGGGGAAGAAAAGAAAAAGGGCUAAUAAGAAAGCAAAAACUGAUCAAGCUAGUAAUUUGAUCACAAAUGUUGUGUCAGAGGUGCACCAGGGACAGUCUCAUGUUCAACCCAGACAUGAAUCUAGUGAGCCGAGAGUUGAGACUAUUUCUCAAACAGUUCCGCUUCCGAUUGCGUUUGUACCAUCAUUUCUGGCAGAAAAUUCUGUUAAUGCAUCAACUAAUGGAGGGGAAAAAAGGGGAAGAAAAGCAAAAGGGCUAAUAAGAAAGCAAAAACUGAUCAAGCUAGUAAUUUGAUCACAAAUGUUGUGUCAGAGGUGCACCAGGGACAGUCUCAUGUUCAACCCAGACAUGAAUCUAGUGAGCCGAGAGUUGAGACUAUUUCUCAAACAGUUCCGCUUCCGAUUGCGUUUGUACCAUCAUUUCUGGCAGAAAAUUCUGUUAAUGCAUCAACUAAUGGAGGGGGAAAAAAGGGGAAGAAAAGCAAAAGGGCUAAUAAGAAAGCAAAAACUGAUCAAGCUAGUAAUUUGAUCACAAAUGUUGUGUCAGAGGUGCACCAGGGACAGUCUCAUGUUCAACCCAGACAUGAAUCUGGUGAGCCGAGAGUUGAGACUAUUUCUCAAACAGUUCCGCUUCUGAUUGCGUUUGUACCAUCAUUUCUGGCAGAAGAUUCUGUUAAUGCAUCAACUAAUGGAGGGGAAAAAAAGGGGAAGAAAAGAAAAAGGGCUAAUAAGAAAGCAAAAACUGAAAUGAAAACACAGGUGGCUGAGGUGCCUCAGAGCCAAGGGAUGUCUUGUAGUGUAGCUUAAUGAGCAGGUUGUUAAACUAUGUAUUUACAUUUUACAUGUUGGAUUUGUCUGUGGUAACUUGUCUUCCCUUUUUUGGACCUUGAACUUCUAUUUUUGGAAAUGUCAUUUUCCUCAGGAGUUGCAAAUUUGUAAUUUUUUGUUUCUCUAAAUUAAAAGUUGGAAAGCAAAAAAGUUUUGAAGGUAAUGAUCAGCCAUGAGCUCUUUGGUCAA